AUGAAGUUAACAGCAAACAAACUAUCAGAGUUCUAUCCUGAUGUCAGUACAACAACAUCGAUUGUAUUGUCAUCAAAGGAGAUCAAUGAGUUGGGUGACCUCAGCUGUUGUUUGGAUCUCAAACGAUUAGACCUCAGCAAGAAUGAGAUUGCCAACAUGUAUGGUCUCAAAGACCUCGUCUCACUCGAGACACUCAAUGUAUCAACCAACAAACUUGAGAGAAUGAUCGAUAUCAAGUCAAUGACAAAGUUAAAGGUGUUGAACAUGUCACAUAAUAAGUUAAAGAGGAUUGAGGGAGUGAUGAAGUUGGCCAAUCUAAAUGCCUUGGUACUCAAUAAUAAUAAUAUAUCGACGAUUGAGAACAUGGAGUACUUGCCCAAUCUCAACACAUUGGUACUCUCACACAAUGCCAUCGAGCAUAUCCAAGGUAUCAAGUUCCUCAAAGAGUUGACCAAGUUGUCAAUAUCACACAACACCAUCAAGCAUAUCCCAGACAUGAGUCAGAAUACCAAGCUCAAGGAACUUAGGAUCACAAACAAUAAGGUGUUUACAAUGGAUGCAAAGAUACAACUGCUGCAUACUCUUCAGAUCAUUGACUUGUCACAUAACUUGUUGAGUAAUUAUAAGGAUCUGGAACCUUUGACAAAGUUAAAGAGUCUGAGGAGUCUGAGUUUGAUUGGUAAUCCAAUUGCUGCACAAGAGGACUAUAGAGAGAAGAUGAAGGAGAUGUUCCCUGCACUGGACAGUCUGGACAACAAGCCAUUCUCUGACAGGAAGAUUGGAAAAGUGGACAAGAGGAAGAAGAAUCUCGAGAAGAGGGAGACUGUCGAGCAACAAAAGAAAUAUAGGUUGGAGAGGGAGGCGUCUGCCAGUCGCGAUGACAGUGAUGACAGUGAUGAUGAGGAUGGCAGUGAUGAUGAGAAGAAGAAGAAGAAGAAGGUGAUUGUAAAGAGACCAGCAAUCAAGAGGAAAGGACAAGAUGAUGAUGAAGAUGAUGAGGAGGAGGAUGACCAACCAUCAAAGAAACAACGUGUGGCAGUACACUCGUCAUGGGAGAAAACAAAGAGCAAGAGACCAUUGAUGGCAGACAAGACAAAGCAUGCUUUGGCCAAGCCAUUGGUAUCCAAGGAUACUAAAGUUGAUGUGGAGAUGACCGAGCCAAAGAGGGUGACUAGAGAGCCAAAGAUGGAUACCAAGAGCAAGGUUGCCGCCCCAGUGUCAAUGGCGGAGAAGAAGAGACCGGUGGCAAGCGAGCCAAAGAUCGAUAAGAGUGUCAAGAAACAAGAUAGCAAGUUAGUGGAGAAGAAGAAGCAGUCAUCAUCACCAGCACCAGCAAAGACAACGACAACAACAACAACAACGACAACACCAAAGAAGAAAAAGUCAGCGAUUGAGGAGACUAGCAGUAACAAAUCAAUCACAAAGGAGAAGAAGAAUGAGGAUAGUUCAUUGAGCUUUGGUGAAAGAGUCAAGAAGAUCGAUAUGGCUGAUGGUCCAGGAUCAAAGGUGACCAAGUCCAAGACCACCCCAUCAAAGACAAAGCCAACCACAACAGUGCCAACAACGACAAAAACCAAGAACGAACUUGUCACAUUCUCUGAUAGUGAUGGCGAGGAUAACAAAUCAUCAACAACAAGUCAGCCACAAUAUGCCUACAAGUUCAGCAGCGAAUCAAACAACAAUGACAAUGACAAUGGCAAUGACAAGAACAAGAGCAAGACGAAUGGCAAAGAGGACAAGAAAUCAAAGAACAAACAGGCAAAAUCACAGACCAAAACCAAACCAGCCAAAUCAGUGUUCGACGAUGAUGAGGAGGAUGACCUGGUGAAGGAGUACAAGGAGAUGAAGAAGCAGCAACAACAGAAGGCCCCACAACAACAGAAGCAGCAAAAGAAACAGAAAUCGGAGGAAGCACAACCCAAGAAGGAAGUGGCGCCAAUGAUGAGUGCAGCAGACUUGAUGGGAAUUAAUAGUAAUGACGAUGACUAUUAA